UAUUGGUUGCUUGGACCCGCGCCCUGCUCCACUAGUCUCUCCGUCACAGUUUUCCCCUCAAUAUUUUAUAUAUAUAUAUUAUAUUUACUUUCCUCCAUCCCUCUGUCUCCAUGGCUACACUGGACGACGCGGAGGAGCGCGUGCCGCAGCGGGGCCGAUCUCAGAGCGACCCGAGCGUCCUGACAGAAGCUCGCGCCGAGCUCGCACACCGCGCAGAUGUCAUGGAGCAGCCGAGAACACUUCACUCUGGUUGUUUGGUGACGGGGGUCCGUACUCCACCCAUCCGCCGCAACAGCAAGCUGGCCAGCCUUGGGCGCAUCUUCAAACCCUGGAAGUGGAGGAAAAAGAAAAAUGAGAAGUUGAGGCAAGGCUCAGCGGGCUUGGAAAGGAAAGUUUCAGGACGGCAGAGCCGUGAUGAACUGGUGAGGAAGAACGUAGCAGAGAUGGGCACAGGUACUGGCCUGGCAUGUGGGAGGAACUCAGAAGAACCAGAGAUGUCGACUCAGGAAUAUUCAGACUGCGAGGAGAGAGAGGAAGAGGCCAUGGCACCGCUGGCCAGCAACACAGAGGACCUGGGGUCAGAUGAGGACAAUCCUUCCACAGUACAAGAUGCCACAGAAUACACAGAAACAGCAGAGGAGAACAGUCACAACGAAGAGGAGGAGGAAGAAGAAGAGGAAGAAGAGGUUUCAGCGCCUGUACCAUCUAUCAAUGACAGCGUUCCUCUUGUGGAGCUUGCCCGCAGUGUGGAGGAGUUGAAAGCACAGCCAGCGCUAAGAGAAGUGCGCACUCCUCCUCCCAGAGUGCCAGCAAAGCUCCUGCCCAGACUGGGGAGUCUGGACAGUUCACACCCAACACACCAGACACGUCCGGCUCCAGCCACCCUUCCCAGGAACUUCACUCUUCCCAAAGACACACUGAGGGGCCGGAUAUCCACCCCUACAGGCUCACCACACCUGGGCAACAUGCACCCGCUGUUGCCCCCUACCUGCAUCAUCGAGGAACUGCACCGAGCGCUUGCCACCAAACACCGGCAGGACAGUUUUAAUAGUAAAGAGGUGCGCUGUUCGCCGAAGCGCCGCUCGGAUGGUCACGUGUCUCGCACCUCCAGCAUGGAGAGUGAGCAACAGGGAGGAGAGGUGGGGAGCAAAAAGGAAGCGGAGGAGAAUAAAGAGAACAUGGGUCUGGACGAGUACUACAGCGAUCAGGACAGCUGGAAUGAAUCUGUGAUCUCGGGGACAUUACCACGGCGGAUAAGGAAAGAGCUGCUGGCAGUAAAGCUGCGUAACCGACCCAGCAAACAGGAGCUGGAGGACAGGAACAUCUUCCCGAUGCGCAGUGACCAGGAGCGUCAGGAGAUCCGGCAGCAGAUAGAAAUGAAACUGGCCAAACUGCUCAGAUCUGCCUUUCAGAAGUCUUCACGUUUUAAGACGCAGCAAUGUGACUGCCGAUUUGGACGCGUUUGAACCCGGACUCGUGUUGUCUCCAUUUCUGAGUGACACAAAGAGAGACUGAGGCUCAAUGCCCUUGAUCGCUCUCAUGUCACUGCGCAGUAAAGGGCAGUCCCGAGGUCACCCAGAAGAUUUGAUGAAUUAUUGAGCACUAGCUCAGAAUAGGUGGGCUUUCAUGGGGUGAGCUUUUGAAAUUUUUAGACUGUCCUGCUGGUACAGGACCUCUUUGAUGACCCUGGCUGUACGGAGGUGGUAGUGAAAGAGAUGGAAAACCUUGCAUGCUGUUAGUAGAGUUGCUGUUUCACUCAAAUAAAAGUCUGUACUAAAGCUACUUGUAUCAAGGACGUUACCCUGGAAUUCUUUCUUGAGCGUGCAAAAUGGCAGGAAAGUAUAAAAGACUCAAAUCUGGAUGAAAAGCUGGGACGAAUAGCUACUCCGAUACAUGAUCUGCAUGCUUUAACAAAAACACACUUCUAAGAAGUUAUAUAAAUGCUCAGUCCCUGCUGUCCUCGUCACGUAGGUGGUCCUUUUACUGUCCUCGGCACAUCCGGCCCUCCAGGCAUCCCAAAACCAUGAGCACACACUCCUCCUCCGGUGCAGUCGUUCCUUUGGACUUCCUGAGUGUCUGGGCCAGGGCAUUAAGACAUAGUUCACUGCGUACCAAGGGUUUCUCACUCGCAUCUACGCUCCAACACUCCCUUCAGAUUCUGCAUCGCUCAGCCGUCUCAUCGCUGUGACGUGUUGAUACAUCAGGGUUAAUGCUUUGAAAGUGAAGCGCAUCGAGGCUGAUUGUGUAAAGGAGCAGGGUUGAAGAGUCAAGGAGGGCGGAAAUCAGGGAAGCAAGAAAGUGCAGGAGCUCCUUGGUUUUGAAUGUGGUCGAGACUGUUAGGAAGGCAGCUUUGUAAGGAAUAAAUCACUCCGUGUCAUGUUGUCAUAGGAAAGCAAUCAGCGACAGUGUGAUGUGAUGAAGCGGAGGUACUCUUACCACCCUAAAGUGCACAUGCAGAGGUUUAGUUAGUCAUUGCUAACUAUUUCUUUUUUUAUCCAUUGUUUGUUGUUGUAUUAUUAUUUAAUCAUAUUUUGCUAGGUUAAAUCUAAAACCCUUAAGAAGUUAAGAUGAAGAACACUUCAAAGUUUCAUAUAGAACCCUACAGCUGAGUAUUUCCCUUUUAGUAACGGUUACAAAUAGCAAGCAUUUUAUGGCUCUAAUACCCUCUAAUACCUUCAACUAUUCAACGAACCACUGCUGAACCCUUGAAUGGCUGUUUUUAUCCACUUAGGUACUGAUUAAAUGGUUCCUCAACGGUUUACCAGUGUUUUUUGGAUGAUUAUGUGUUCUAGGUUUGUAAAGGGCUUGCACUUGGAACAAUCUUAAAGAGGACUCCUCUGCUGUAGGGUUCUCCAUUGAAUAUUUAUGGGUUCCUCUCAUUUCCAGAUCAAUUCAAUGGCCAUUUCAGUGCCAUUUUUGGAAAUCCAUCCAUUUUCUGUACCGCUUUUCCUACACAGGGUUGCAGGGAGCUUGGAGCCUAACCCAGGGGACUCCAGGCACAAGGCAGGGGACACCCUGGAAGGGGUGCCAACCCAUCGCAGGGCACAAUCGCACACGCAUUCACACACUACGGACAAUUUGGAUCUGACAAUCAGUCUACAACCCAUGUCCUUGGACUAGGGGAGGAAAUUGGAGUACCUAGAGGAAACCCUCGAAGCACUGGGAGAACAUGCAGAGGGUGGAGGUGGGAAUCAAACCUCCAACCCUGGAGGUGUGAGGCAAACGUGCUAACCACUAAGUCACUAAAUCUUGUAGGCUAUAGCUGUAUUCUAAUCCCCACCUUAUUCUUUUUUUUAAUUCUUUUUUUUUAUUUUAAGCAUUUUACUACGUUAUAUAGAAAAACAUCCUACCACUCUAUAUAGACUCAGAAAUGACACUUUUAUAUCAGACUCAGUCAAUUUCACUCCGUCAAGAUGUGCAAACUUCUGCCUCAUCCUGCUUUGAUUAAAAAAGAGCUCCUGUGAAAAGCCACAGCUGACUGUCACCCACAUGGACCUGCUUUUUUUUUGCACUAAAGCUCCCAGGUGUCCCACCAUACACCUAGUAUGUUCUAGGACCUGGGCCAGUCAGCGCUCUAAAAAUAGCCUCGACUGUCUUGAUUUAUUUUAUUGGUACUGAGCAAAUUUUUUUCCCCCGCUUGGCUUAUGCGUGCUAUUUAUGUGUAUCAUGUAAACCAUGGCAAUCAUAUCCUUGUCACGGUUUGGUGUUGCUUGUCAGUUGAAGAAGAGAACAAAAUGUUCAAUGAAGCGCUGAUGACUUGCGCUGGAUGAGUGCCUUAAUUAUCGUUCUGUCACUGGGGAUUAGGAGCGUGAAAACAGUGGUGGGAUGAUAAACAUUUCCUUUCUGGUACAUGGCUGUUUUUUUGUUAAGUGCAAUCAAUUAAGCAGCGUUGGCGAUUUGACAGUAAAUCAGAGAGGGAAAAAAACCCAUAAAUGUAACCUGAAGUAGAAUCCUGAGGUAGA